GCUUGAGAGGUAAGAGAGGGCGGAGGGAAGGAAGAGGAGGCGGGAUCCGAGCGCUGCGUUGGCUGCGGUCUGGCACCAAGGGGGCGGCCCCGGCGGAGUGCAGACCCAGUGGCCCUCGGCGAUUAUGGACCCGGCCGAGGCGGUGCUGCAGGAAAAAGCGCUCAAGUUUAUGUGCUCUAUGCCCAGGUCUCUGUGGCUGGGCUGCUCCAGCCUGGCGGACAGCAUGCCUUCGCUGCGAUGCCUGUAUAACCCAGGGACUGGCGCACUCACAGCUUUCCAGAAUUCCUCAGAGAGAGAAGACUGUAAUAAUGGCGAACCCCCUAGGAAGAUAAUACCAGAGAAGAAUUCACUUAGACAGACUUAUAACAGCUGUGCCAGAAUCUGCUUAAACCAAGAAACAGUAUGUCUAGCGAGCACUGCUAUGAAGACUGAAAGUUGUGUGGCCAAAACAAAACUUGCCAAUGGCACUUCCAGCAUGAUUGUGCCCAAGCAGCGGAAGCUCUCGGCAAGCUAUGAGAAGGAAAAGGAACUGUGUGUCAAAUAUUUUGAGCAGUGGUCAGAGUCCGAUCAAGUGGAAUUUGUGGAACAUCUUAUAUCCCAAAUGUGUCAUUACCAACAUGGGCACAUAAACUCGUAUCUUAAACCUAUGCUGCAGAGGGAUUUCAUAACCGCUCUGCCAGCUCGGGGUUUGGACCACAUUGCUGAGAACAUUCUGUCAUACCUGGAUGCCAAAUCUCUGUGUGCUGCGGAACUGGUGUGCAAGGAGUGGUACCGAGUGACAUCUGACGGCAUGUUAUGGAAAAAGCUCAUCGAGAGAAUGGUCAGGACAGAUUCUCUGUGGAGGGGCCUGGCAGAACGGAGAGGGUGGGGACAGUAUUUAUUCAAAAACAAACCUCCUGACGGGAAUGCUCCUCCCAACUCUUUUUACAGAGCACUUUAUCCUAAAAUUAUACAAGACAUUGAGACGAUAGAAUCUAACUGGAGAUGUGGAAGGCACAGUUUACAGAGAAUCCACUGCCGAAGUGAGACAAGCAAAGGAGUUUACUGUUUACAGUAUGAUGAUCAGAAGAUAGUCAGCGGCCUUCGAGACAACACUAUCAAGAUCUGGGAUAAAAGCACGUUGGAAUGCAAGCGAAUUCUCACAGGCCACACGGGUUCUGUCCUGUGUCUCCAGUAUGACGAGAGGGUGAUCAUAACUGGAUCAUCGGAUUCCACGGUCAGGGUGUGGGAUGUAAAUACAGGUGAAAUGCUCAACACGUUGAUUCAUCAUUGCGAAGCAGUUCUGCACUUGCGUUUCAAUAAUGGCAUGAUGGUGACCUGCUCCAAAGACCGUUCCAUUGCUGUAUGGGAUAUGGCCUCCCCAACUGACAUCACCCUCCGGAGGGUGCUGGUUGGACACCGAGCUGCCGUCAACGUUGUAGACUUCGACGAUAAGUACAUUGUUUCUGCAUCUGGAGAUAGGACUAUAAAGGUGUGGAACACAAGUACUUGUGAAUUCGUAAGGACCUUAAACGGACACAAACGUGGCAUCGCCUGUUUGCAGUACAGAGACAGGCUAGUGGUUAGUGGCUCAUCUGACAACACUAUCAGAUUAUGGGACAUAGAAUGUGGUGCAUGUUUACGAGUAUUAGAAGGCCAUGAGGAAUUGGUGCGCUGUAUCCGAUUUGAUAACAAGAGGAUAGUUAGUGGGGCCUAUGAUGGAAAAAUUAAAGUGUGGGAUCUUGUAGCUGCUCUGGACCCCCGUGCUCCCGCAGGGACUCUCUGUCUGCGGACCCUUGUGGAGCAUUCGGGAAGGGUUUUCCGACUCCAGUUUGAUGAGUUCCAGAUCGUCAGUAGCUCGCACGAUGACACGAUCCUCAUCUGGGACUUUCUCAACGACCCGACUGCCCAAGCCGAGCCCCCCCGCUCACCUUCUCGAACAUACACAUAUAUCUCCAGAUAAAUAAUCGUACACUGACCUCAUAUACUUGCCCAGGACUCAUUAAAGUUGCGGUAUUUAACGUAUCUGCCAAUACCAGGAUGAGCAACAACAGUAACAAUCAAAAUACUACCCGCCUCCCCCGGACUAGCCGAGGAGUGGGGCUUUGAGACUCCUGUUGGGACACAGUUGGUCUGCAGUCGGCUCAGGAGGGGCUGCUCAGCACAGCUGACUGCUUCCGUGCUGCUAUCAGAAGAUCUUUUCUUUCGUGACUGAUUGGAACUUUUAAAGCUCACCUCACUUCCCCUCCUCCUUUCCCCUCUGCACCUUUUUUUUCCUCGUUUGGUUCCAGACAAAGAUGACUUAUAAAUAUAUUAGUGUUUUGCCAGAAUCUCUCUUGCUUUGCUGUUAAGCAGAAGAACUAGUUUCCCUAUAUAGCCUGCUGGGAGAGACCCACUUCUAGGGGAGAGGGGGGUACAACUUGAAGCCAGACAGCACCCAGUGUCUCCCCGUGAACUGCAGGAACGCCCAGCGCCUGGCAAGCUCAGCGCUGCCCCACUGUGCUUCGGAGACAGCUGUCCACAUGGUCUCUGGGGCGAGAGAGAGACGAGAAUAAGCACACUGGGAGAUCUGGGCCUCUUUCCUUCCAUCUCUUUUCUGUGUUUCUGCACCUCUUCCCCUCCUCCCACUCCCCUCCAACCUGCUUCUCGGCUGCACCUGGGAAGUGUGAAGAGAGUGUCUUCAGCUAGCAUGAGACAAAUCUGCUAGAAAAUGCAACACCUUUCGGAAAAGUUCAAUGCUGUUCGGUCAAAAUUUCAAACUGAGGCUUUUGCUGCAGGUGACCCUCUAUGACAACAAUGAGUUCUCAGACAUGGUGUUUUCAUCAUAUUUGCAACUCUGUUCUCCUUCUGACACCCUUCCCCAAAGAGAGGGAGGGGGCGCAGCUGAAAUUCCCUGGGCUCCAUCAAUGGUCACAUCUUUUCUGGACUCAGCGGUCUCCUCGGUUCCAUGUCGAGUGUGCAAAGGAGUUGCUGAUUGCAUUUUCUCUCAUUAACAAUUAGAUGUGUAAUAAAAAGCAUUGUACUUCAUCUUAAAUCACUGGUAAGGCUCAGCCUACAGAAAGGCUUGAAUAGCCAGAGUGGGUCGCUGGGUGCAUUCUGCAUAAUGGUUCAGAUCUCUGGAUUCUUCAUCAGGGCCUGUGAGCACCCAGGCACCUGUGUCUUUGCCAAGGCCACGGUCAAAGUAGCUUUAGAGGUGGUCAGGAGUAAAACUUUAUUUCUUUUUUGUUUAGUCCAGUAAAUAGCGUUUCUAAAAAAAUCAAGCUAAAUCAUCUCAACUUUGCACUGCAGAACCUUCUGCUUCUCCCAAACCCAGUAUUUACAAAGGGCAAAGCUGCCAGAGAGAGCAGAUCAGGGUGAAGUUUGGCACACAGGGUUUCCUACUGAGGCAGAGACUGCCUUCUCUUUUCCUUUUCCCUUUCCUUUUCCUUUUCCUUUUCCUUUUCCUUCUGGUCUUAUUUCCUCUCCACUCUCCCCUGAUCAGUAAAAUUUCUCUGGGAGUUGGUGAAUAACACAAACAAAUGGACCUCAGCCAGGGCUGGGCUGACCCGGCCACUUGAAAGGCAGCUGUGUGGGUGUCAGGUGCGGGGCACAGGUGCCACCCAACCUGGGAGCACAGAGAACGCCGUCAGUGUGUGCCUAGCUCGUCUCUCGGGGCAAGAACAGGCCUGCACCAGCCACUUCCAGUGCACGGGCAGGCCCAUCCAAACGCCCGAGGCCACAGCACAGUCUCAAGUUUCUCCUGGAAGCUGAGCUGUCAAGCCCUUCGUUUCCACCCCUGAUCAAAGUGGUUGAGGAAAAGAAAGCCCCUUUUCAACCAGCUGCUGGAAAACUUCUGAGUGGGAGCCAGCUGCAAGUAACCUCACGGCCAGGCCACCCUUACUUCAGCGGUGGCGAAGGCGAGGAAAACCAUCUUUCCUCUUCCCUCUGAUUUGCAAAAAGGCGUUCUCUUCCCAAAAUGUGCCCAGACCGAAUGUUGUCAUUACAUGGUGUGAGGCAGGCAUGCAUACGCAGUUCUCCUUUCCUGCUUUAUGAGUGCGUUUACGCUUCAGUUCCAGGUUAUAUUCAGACAGUAUUUCCCAGUGUACUAUGUCAUUGCCUAGGAAGUAUCCUCUGAGUAUAAUUCCCUUCCCAACUACCCAAAUGCCACAGAGAAAUGUUUUCUAUUUAGUCACUUGUCGUGGUUCCUUGUCCAUUGUGUUGACUAUUGAUGCCUUUCUGGUUGGCGGAGGACCAUCAGCCCUGACGGACACACAGGCCAGGCAUUCAAGAGGCGUGGGUUUUAAGCUGUUUUAAAAUACUGUCCAAUAGCCAUAACUUACUAGCCCUUCUGUUACAUGCUGCUGUUCUGAAGUGAGAGCUGUUGAAUAUGCUUGGUACCCGGGGUUUUGCUCUCCCAUCUAGGUUUGGAGGUAGAUUGUUUCUAAGGCCGUUCUGAAGCUUGUCCAGUACAUCGUAAGUGAGACCGAGGCAGGCCCUGCAGUCUGCAGCCAUUAGCCCCGUGGAGGAUAUUCCCCACGUUGUCCUCUGCUGCUGAUGGAAAUGGGAAUGAAGUGAAGUGGUCUGAAAAACUUGAGUCAGUCACAUUUCUCAGCUCUGGGGGUCAUUUACCAGUUCAUUGUAGAAGAAAUAAUCAGGUAAGUAGAAGUUCAUUUCCAGAGAAGGUAAACCCCACUUACCAUCUCUGCAUGAUUUCAGUGGGAAUUGAUUAUCACUAAUCCCCAACUGGGCUAGAAUAAAUGUAAAGUUUGACCUUUUUAAAAAGAGAAACAAAGAAAGUCUCAACACAUUUAAAGGAAUGGUAGAAGAGGAGCUGAGGGGGCCUCUGGGCUCUGAAACGAAACGUCUCCAUUGUAGAUUAGUCUGUUUUCACUAAAAUUCCUGGGGGGGCCUGAAAGGAAUGUUCCUUAAAGGUGGAGGGAGCCCCUUCAGAGGCGGGCUCAGGGAGUGUGGGUGCACCCGGGGCCCUGUGGGCCUGUGCGGCGCUCCGUCCACCCGGGCCGCCGGGACGGCACCAGCAUGCCUCGCUGCACACGUGUGUGUUUCCACUGCUGAGGACAUCCGUCUGCUCCCUUACGUGCAGUGUGGAGGCACACGUGUGUUGUGAUGGGAAGCCUCUCGCAUUUGUCCCUUGGCAAACUUCUUUCUGGUGGCUCUUCACCAGGAACUUUAGCGACAGGUACUCUCUGAACUCUGCUGACAGAUUAUACAAAGUCUGGCCCUCGUAGUUUGUUUCUAAACUGGAAAAGACACUGGGACUCCUAAGUCAUUCAUUCUGUGUUCUGCUUGAGUAAGAAAAAUCCUUUUUUAUUUUUCUUUUGUAAAAUCAAAAGCUAAAGAGAAGAAAAUACGUGCUCUUUGGCCUUCUCUUGGUACCCAUUGGUCUGAGCGCUGGGGCUGGCCUCCGUCUUACCCAGUACCGGUUGUGCAGGAAGCAGAGGGCUCGGGUGGCAGGGGUGGGGACUGUUGGAAGUAAUGAGGAGGGUGUUUUCUUCCCUGGAACUGCUGACCUUGGUGUCCUCCGUUUACCUUAGAUGGUAACGCCUUCCUGCCCGGAGUGCCAGCCUCAGGGGCUAGGCCGAGAGCUCAGUUACGGAGGAAUCCCCCACAAGUCUAGGUAGAAUGGGGUGGGGGGCUAAGAGACCCCCACCUAUGACACGUUCCUUGAUGAUCAGGUUUACCAUUUGACUUUAACCCUCAUCUCCAUCUCCUUCGCCAUUUGCACGCCUUUAACAGACAUUCCAGGAGGUGGAGGACGUGAAAAGGCGCCCUUGCCCUUCCUCACCUUCCUCUCUCCCCUCCCAGAGUGGCUCUCACGUCUAAGCUGGGCACCCAGAGCCUGCAGGCCGGGUCUUUCUCCCCGGGCUUCAUCCACACGGCCGUCUCUGUGGUGAAUGGGGCUGGGUUCUGCUGCUUGUUGCUUUCCCCUGUAGUUCAUUUGUGACUUCGAUAUUCUUGGAACUAAGGAGAGAAACCAAAAGAGCAUGAUCAUGGCAACCUGGUUUCACGUGGUACUUAGUGCACUGAUAUCCUGAAACCUCUUCUAUUGGAAGCUGAGUACCUGUGAUUAGACACUAAAAUUUGCUGGAGGCAGAUGACCUCUAAAACUUUGUGCUCUACAGCCCACCGUCUGGCUUUCUCAGCUCCUGAUUGGCUCUGUGUGCGUUUGAAGAUACGUGCGGUUAAGGAUGAAUGGCAUUAUCAGCAUCACUUCGGUGUCCAAGAAGCAUCACAUCAAGUGAUGCUUCUUGGACACCGAAGGAAACAGAGGGUCAGACCUCUGGGUACCAAGGAAACGAACACCUCCCCAAGUCAGUGAUCACUCAAGCCUAACCCAGACUGUCCUGAGAGAGUUUCGAGGGCUGCAACCGUGGGGGCAGGCCCGGCCGCAAAUGUGAGCUUCCCCGAGAGCUUCCCACUGGCCUGGCCCUCUGUUGUCUCGGCUCCGACAAGUGCUGACCACUUUGAUGUGCGCGAUCGUGUCUCGGUGAUGUGUAGUCGAUGUGCCGAUGUGUCCACAACCUAGAAUCAUGGUGAUAUAGUGUGUUUGGUUUUUUAAACUGUUCAGAAAAAAAGUAACUUAAAUUACAAAUAUAAGAUUAAAGUGAA